AUGGCGACGGUGUCCGACCGGGCGGUCGAGAGCUGGGGGCCGCUGGAGGAGUAUGACCGGCGGGUGGAGGCUGGGAUUCUGCGCAACGACGAGCAUCAACGAGGCAUCAUUGAGAACUUGCAGCACCUGCACAAUGAGCUGCGCAACUACCGCGCGCCCCCCGUCGUCCACCCCAGCCUCGACGACCUCAAGCCCGCCAAAAAGUCCGUCUUAUCCUCGCUCUUCGGCGGCGGCGGCGGCGUCAGCAGGAGGGCUACGAUCAAGGACAUUCCCGAGAACCUGCCCCGGGGCCUGUACCUCUACGGCGACGUGGGCAGCGGCAAGACGAUGCUCAUGGACCUCUUUUACGAGACCCUGCCGAGCUCGGUCAGGUCCAAGACGAGGAUACACUUUCACAACUUUAUGCAGGAUGUCCACAAGAGGUUGCACAAGCUGAAGAUGCAGCAUGGAAGCCAUAUUGACGCCGUGCCGUUUGUGGCGGCGGACAUUGCCGAGCAGGGGAAUGUGCUGUGCUUUGAUGAGUUUCAGUGUACGGAUGUGGCAGAUGCCAUGAUUCUGCGGAGGCUACUAGAAUGCCUCAUGUCUCACGGCGUGGUCCUGGUGACGACGUCAAACCGGCACCCAGACGACCUCUACAAGAACGGCAUCCAGCGGGAGUCUUUCAUCCCCGCAAUCACGCUGCUCAAGAACCGACUGCACGUCAUCAACCUCGACUCCCCAACCGACUACCGUAAGAUCCCGCGGCCGCCGUCGGGUGUUUACCACACGGCGCUGGACCAGCACGCGGCGUCGCACGCGGAGAAGUGGUUCCGCUUCCUGGGCGACCCGGACAACUUUGCGCCGCACUCGGAAGUGCAAAAGGUCUGGGGCCGCGAGAUCUUUGUGCCGCGCGUCAGCGGGCGCUGCGCGUGGUUCACCUUUGACGAGCUCAUCCGGAAGCCCAAGUCUGCGGCGGACUACCUCGAGCUGGUGCGCAAGUACGACGCCUUCAUCGUGACCGACGUGCCGGCCAUGACGAUCCGCGAACGGGACCUGGCGCGGCGCUUUAUCACCUUUAUCGAUGCCGUGUACGAGGGCAACGCGAAGCUGGUGCUCACGACGGAGAAGCCCCUUGCCGAGCUCUUUGUCUCGCGGGACGAGGUCGCCGAGACGCUGCUGCAGGCGAACCAGAGCAACAGUGCCGCGGACAACAAGGACGCGACGCGGCAUGUCCUGGAGAACAUGGAGCACAACGUCGAGAAGCUCAAGGACACGGGCCUGUUUGCGGGCGAGGAGGAGGCCUUUGCGUUUGCGCGGGCGCUGAGCCGGCUGAGCCACAUGGAGAGCAAGGAGUGGGUUGAGAGGGGCCUUGGCUUGGAGAGCCAGGGCGGGAAGGAGGACAAGGAUAGCUGGACGAAGACGAGGAGUCGGCAGAUGGAGGAUUCGAUGUGA